AGCAGGGAGGGGGAAAGCUCUACCAGGACGCCAGCUGUGGCUCUUGGAGGCACCUCAGCCCGCUGAGUGGUGGUUGCACUUGGGCUGAAGUUCCAAAAUUGUACUCAUGUUGUUCUUAUUAUAUCUGACUAAGUCAGUCCCCUUUUUCUUCUUUUCUAAAGCUGCAUCAUUUUUCUUUGUUUGGUGGCAAAGCCUUCAGAAACAGUAAAGCCAAAGAUGUUGAAAGAAUAGAAAUGUUUGCUUUCUAUUUUAUUUGCAUUCAAUUGACAUAUAGUAGAUAAUAAGGACAUGAAAGGCAGUGAUGAACAAAAUGCAGUCUCUUUUUGUUGUUGUUGUUAUUCCUCACCCAAGGAUAUUUUCCCAUUGAUCUUCUAGAUAGAGUAGAAGGGGGGGAGGAAGAGAGAAAGAGAAACAUCCAUGUGAGACACAUCAACGGAUUUCCUCCUGCACCAUCUGUGGCCCAGGGAUGGAACCUGUAACCCAGGGUGAUGUGAGCAGAGCCCAGGAAUGCCUUAUGUGGAUCGGCAGAACCGCAUCUGUGGGUUUCUGGACAUCGAGGAGAAUGAGAACAGUGGCAAGUUUCUGCGGAGGUACUUUAUUCUGGACACCCAGGCCAACUACCUUCUCUGGUACAUGGACAACCCCCAGAACCUGGCAAUUGGGGCAGGAGCUGUUGGAUCUUUGCAGCUGACCUAUAUCUCGAAGGUGAGCAUAGCCACCCCAAAGCAGAAACCAAAGACUCCGUUUUGCUUUGUCAUCAAUGCUCUCUCUCAGAGGUAUUUUCUUCAAGCCAAUGACCAGAAAGAUCUGAAGGACUGGGUCGAAGCCCUGAAUCAAGCCAGCAAAAUCACUGUACCCAAAGUUGGGAACCUGCCACUGACGACUGAAGUUCUCAAAAGCCUAGCCGUUCCUCCUGCCUUGGAGAAGAAGCCACAGGUGGCCUACAAGACAGAGAUCAUCGGAGGGGUGGUGGUGCACACGCCCAUCAACCAGAAUGGUGGGGAUGGGCAGGAAGGGAGUGAGCCAGGGCCCCACGCCAUCCUUCGAAGGUCUCAGAGUUACAUCCCCACGACAGGCUGCCGUGUGUCCACUGGGCCCCCCCUCAUCAAGAGCGGCUACUGUGUGAAGCAAGGGAAUGUGCGGAAGAGCUGGAAACGUCGCUUCUUUGCACUCGAUGACUUUACCAUUUGCUACUUCAAGUGUGAGCAGGACCGAGAACCACUGCGCACGAUACCUCUCAAGGAUGUUCUCAAGACCCAUGAGUGUCUGGUCAAAUCUGGUGAUCUCUUAAUGAGGGACAACCUGUUUGAAAUCAUUACAAGCUCCAGGACCUUCUACGUACAGGCGGACAGUCCAGAAGACAUGCACAGCUGGAUUAAGGAGAUCAGGGCAGCUGUCCAGGCCCUCAAGUGCCAGCCCAGAGAAAUGUCCUUUUCAAGAUCCAUUUCUUUGACUCGCUCUGGAACCUCCAGCCUCUCGGGUGGGCCCAACUCUGUCUUCUACAGAGGACGGCCAACUGUGGAAGAGAAAAAAGCCCUCUGCAAAGCCCCCUCUGUGGCCUCCUCCUGGCAACCCUGGACACCUGUCCCCCAGGCCGGGGAAAAGCUACAUCCAGCUGAAGAGACUCCUGAGGACUCUUUGUUCAUGUCUCGACUUGGGGAGAGCAAUACUUCUGGGGUAUUGCCUGGCUCCCGGAUAAGGCACCGAUCGGAGCCCCAGCAUCCCAAGGAGAAACCAUUUAUGUUUAACCUUGAUGAUGAGAACAUACGGACUUCUGAUGUGUGAUAAGGCAUCAUGUCCAGGGAGGGAGGAAUAGGGAGGACUUAAGAAAAGGAGGCCAUGACUCAGUUUCUCUGUCUGUUGGAGGACAGUCAGAAGCUUUCCUGCCACUCCUAUUCCUGUGGAUGCUUUGUGGGAGGGACCCCUCCAACUGGCUUUAAUAAAAAAUGUCAGUGCAGUGUAUUUAAUUGGGGGAAAUCACUAGGUUAGACCUUUAGGCAUGCUCAAUGGAGAGCAGGUUUCCUCUUAUUCCGCUAUUGCAAGGUUGUCCUGAUGAGAGAAGGUUGGAAGUUCAAUUUUGUACCUAACCAAGUUUUAUUUCCUUGUCCUAGUUUUAGUUCCUUCCCUUUGUUUUCAGGACAGGCACAGACUCUUAGGCCAGUUAUCUGUUAUUUUUUUCUUUACUUUUUUUCGUUGAUCCUCCCCCAAGGAUAGGAUAUUUUUCCAUUGAU